AUGGCUCUUGUCUUCUUCCUCGUCCUCCUAUUUUCUUCCAUUAUAUCUCCAAAAGUUCAUGCAUGCAGCCAAACUGAACGCAGCUCUCUCCUGGCCACCUUCAUCCACACUCUCUCGUCUCCUCCAUUUAAUUGGAGUUCUUCCAUUAACUGCUGCCAUUGGAGCGGCAUCAGUUGUAAUCAGGAUGGUUGGGUCACCCAUUUGAUCCUGCCCUCCAAAGGGAUCAAGGGAGGUUUUAAGCUCGCAUCACUUGCAAAUCUCACUCAUCUUACCCACAUCAAUCUGUCUCACAACUCACUUUAUGGCUCACUUGUUCAAACUGAACUCUUCUUGUCCUUGAAAAGUCUUGAGGUCCUCGAUUUGAGCCACAACCUUCUUUCUGGAAAGCUACCAUCUUCUUUACCUUCCAGCAACAUCCUGACAGUGGAUUUGUCCAGCAAUCACCUGCAUGGUGCAAUUCCUCCUACAUUCUUCAAUGGAGCUUGGCAUUUGACUAGUUUCAAUGCUAGCAAUAAUGCCUUCUCAGGGUCUAUCCCAUCCUCUAUUUGUCUCCAACAUUCUUCUCCUUUAAUAAGGCAUUUGGAUGUUUCCUCCAAUAAUUUUAAUGGCAUCAUUUUGCCAGGAUUAGGGGACUGUUCUAACCUGCAGGUUUUUCGUGCUCAUCACAAUAAUAUCACAGGAUUACUUCCAGAAGAUAUCUACAAUGCUACCGAAGUUGAAGAAAUUGCAUUACAUUUCAACUCAUUAUAUGGAGCAAUAAGCGACAGAAUUGCCAACCUCACCAACUUGGCAAUCCUUGAUCUCUCCUUUAAUGAAUUGAGUGGUGUGCUCCCUCUCCAGUUCGGGAAGCUAUCCAAGUUGAGCCACGUAAUCCUUGAAUUCAAUAAUCUCCAAGGUUCUUUGCCCCCAUGUUUGAUGAACAGCACAAAUCUUAUAGAAGUACGUCUGGGAUCCAACAACUUGGGAGGGGAUAUCUCCGCUCUUAAUUUCUCCACACUCAGUCAAUUAAGAAAACUUGACCUAUUUAGGAAUAAUUUCAUUGGUAACUUGCCAACAAGCCUUUACUCAUGUCGGUCCCUACAAGCAAUUCGAUUAAGUUCCAAUAAUCUACAAGGACAGAUACAACCUGAGAUUCUUUCAUUGAAAUCCUUGUCUUUCCUCUCGCUUGCUAAAACCAGAUUGACCAAUUUAACUGGGGCAAUCAAGAUAUUAAUGCGUUGCAAAACUCUUCGAACGCUCUUCCUUUCAGGUUCCUUUAUCGGUGAGGGAAACCUAGAUGAUGAUGGCAUGGUUGAUCAUGAUGGGUUCCAAAAUCUUCGAGUUUUGGGUUUGAGUGGGUGUGAGAUCACCGGUCCAAUACCUAUAUGGUUAUUAAAGCUCAAGAAUCUCCAGAGCUUGACUUUGGACCAUAACAGAAUCACAGGGUCAAUUCCUAGUUGGUUGGGGACUCUUCCAAGACUCUUUCAUAUGAGAUUGCAUGACAACCUUAUUUCAGGUGAAUAUCCCAAGCAACUCUGCAGGCUAACAAGUUUGGUAUAUCAACUUCCUGAAUCUCAGGUAGACGACGAUCGUUAUGAAUUUGAAUUGCCUGUCAUCUCUGGAUCAAAAGAAAAUCCAUCUUUUUUACAGCGCGUAGUGUCUUUCCUUCCACCAAUGAUAGACGUAUCUAACAAUAACAUGAAUGGUAGUAUACCUACUGAGAUCGGCCAAUUGAUGCUUCUUCACACGUUGAAUCUUAGCGGCAACAACUUCUCUGGAAACAUUCCAACCCAAAUAUCCAACCAAAAAAACUUAGAAGCUUUGGAUCUGUCCAGGAAUGCUUUGUCUGGAAACAUCCCAUCCUCAUUGGCUAGCCUGCAUUUCUUGCAUGACCUUAAUGUCUCGUACAAUGAUCUCAGAGGACCAAUACCAACAAGCACUCAGCUCCAAAGCCUCAAUGCUUCUGCAUUUGAGGGGAAUCCGAAACUUUGUGGAGCCCCAGUUCCGAAUGAGUGCGGGCCGAUCAAGGGCAUUGAUGCAGCAGAUAAGAAGAACAACCACGAUGUGGACUGUGGUCACCAACUUCCAUGGUUUUAUAUUUCUGUUGUGCUAGGCUUCAUUGUAGGAUUUUGGGGAGUGUGUGGUUCUUUAAUUAUUAAGAGAACGUGGAGACAUGCAUAUUUUCGAUUCACAGACAAUCUACAAGAUAGGGUCUAUAUGAUGAUGACAGUGUCCAUGAACAGGAUGAAGCGAAAGCUCAGAGGCUAG